UGCAUGCAGUUCUUCCCUGAAUUUCUUCGAUAGACCAUCGACAAUAUUGUAACAAUGGGAAAAUUAUCGAAGGGUAUUAUUAUUCUACUGGUACUUGGCGUUAUGAUUCAUCAGUAUCAGGUGCAUUGUUUAUUAACACUGGCAAUUGAUCUACUGAGUUUUGCCUGGAGUACAUUGGAAAAAAUCAACGCAGUUCAUGACGUGUACGGCAAAGUGUCAACCCCUUCGACCGCCGAGUUAAUGCAAAAGAGCGUUGAAAUAGCCGAUUCGAUUGAUAAAUUGGGGGUGAAGCUUGAGGAGAAGAUCCAGCAAUCGAUGGAUACACUUUUGAGUCGUUUACCACUUUUGAGCGACAUAAGCGCUAAUGUUGGAACGCUCAAUGAGUAUGUGACAAGAAUUGAUGCAUUAUAUAGAGACAUGAAUCAUUAUUUGAGAAAGCCUGAGGACUUCAGUGAUUAUUCCCUGCAGACUCUUCUGAAGAGUGCAACUUCAAGCGAUGGAGAUGACGUAGACGCAAUACUUGCUCUGAUUAGUGGUCUCAUCAAUCCCAAAGGAUUAGGAUCCUUCAAAGAAAGUCUAUUCGUUCUUCUCGCUAAGGAAACGCAGGAAUACGCUCUAGACGUUUGCGGCACAGGGGCACCACCCCAGCAACGUCUUGUCGAACUUUUCGAUAUUAUUAUUGAAACGGAAAUGAGAGGAUUCGCUCUACUGGGUUUUGGUUACAUGAUGAAAAGCUACAUGGAAAAUACGAGUUAUAUUGGAGAUGUCAGGAGAGCUGAAGGUAAAUUGGAAACUAGAGCUGCUGAAUAUGUGCUAUUGCUCAAGUCAUCAAUGUCCAAAGCAACAACACAAUUUCGUAAUUGUGAUCCGCUCGAGGGAAAUGAGCGAGGUGUGACAUUUAUUGAAUUUGAAAAAUUUCUGCAAGCUUUUAUCACCCAGGAAGGGGUGUUUAGAGUGGAUCAUCGGUGCCCGGCGACCUGCGGUAAUUACGGCAGUUACACGAGAUCAUUUUACGGAUGCAGAGGAUUUGAAUGCACUGAAUCACCGACUUCGUGUUUCGGAUGGCUAGUUAACUGUAGAUCUAUGAAAUACCUUGCCAGCGCUUGUGAAUAUGACGGCACGGAGGUGAGGCGUUAUAAAUGGUUCAAGGAUGGUGAUGGCAAAGUACAAGGUGUAAUGACCGAUGGAUGUCCGUCGCCGGGGAAAAGGGUCUAUGGAUUUAAAGUAACGUAUGAGGAGACUGAUUGUGACCUGUGCAGGUGCAUUUGUGUGCAAGAUACUGCCAGGUCUAAUGCCACUCAUUUCCUCAGCUUGCAAGAACAAGUCACUAAUGUGGAAGACAACAUGGUAAUAACUGGAUUGCAAUUCGUGGUGAUAAACCGAGUAGUUCACCUGAAGAUUAUGCAGAGUCAAAUUACAAAUGACACCGAAAUCGUCGCUAACAGCACCUCUUGGGUGGAGCCAGAAGAAUUCAUAUUCGAUCAAGCGAAGAGCAUGAAAUAUGAAGUAUUCCACAUGUACAAGAACUUGGAAAACGGCGAGAGAGAAGAACUGAAGAGAUAUGAGGACUAUUACGUUCUUAAUUAUGAAAACAGGCGAUUCUGUCUAGAUCGAAUGAUGGCACCAACUGGAUACAUUGUUACUGGUGUGAAGUUCGAUUACAAUCCCCAAUUCGAAUCGAAAUCUCUCAAAUUGAAAAUACGGGGGACACGUUUCGAUGCAGAGACGAAUCAACUGGAUCCAGAAUCCAGCAUUUGGCUGGACCCUGAGGACAUGCCGUAUGCAAAAGGUGUCGAAACCAGAGAGGAGCACGAUUAUGAAGGCUGGGACAAUCCAACUAAAUCAUCAAACACUCUAGUGGAUUCUAGGCCUUAUACUUAUAUAGAUGUGGAUUGGAGUAGUUAUGCAUUUGAUGCAGCACAAACAACAAUACCAUUGCUAGAUGCCAUGCCGAUAUUUUCAGAUCCAAUUGUUCCUUUGAGAGGAGUGGGUUUGUACCACAAGAGACAAGUUCGACACGCCGGAUUUUUGACUCUAGUACUGGAAGCCAUUGACAGAAGUCCCUACAUAAAACUUAAUUACGUUAAGAAAUCGAAUGCAACUGAAUAGAAUUUCCAUUCAAUUCAGAAUUAGAACUUUCCAGAAAAUUUACAUUUAAAUUUACAAAAUUACAUCUUGACGAUUGAGGAAAGAAGAGUUCUACGGUCUUCUGUUAUUUUCGCCUGUCGCAAACUAUCGAUAUUCAUUGAAUAUACCAAAAUUAUUCAAUUAAA